AUGACCGAGCACGUUCCCGUGGUGAUCAUCGGCGGAGGCAUCGGCGGACUCACUCUGGGCGCCAUCCUACGCCGCCUCGAGAUCCCCUUUGUCAUCCUUGAGCGAGCGCCCGUCGUGACGCCCCAGGGAGCCGGGAUCUCUCUCGCCCCGAACUGUUUGCGCGUACUGGAGCAGCUGGGCCUCCUGCAGGCUAUCCAAGCCAAUUCACAGGAGCUUCUCGGCAUUCGAGUGUACCGCGAAAAGGACUGCUGGGGCACCAUCAACUUCGGGCUUGCGAAGCGCUGGUUCGGAUACAAUGUACAUUCCAUCGAGCGACAUGAAUUCCAUCGGUAUCUGUACGAGGCAGCCGGCGGCGCAGAGUCGGUGCGAUUCGGAUGGAACGUGGUAGACAUCGUAGACGAUGAAAAUGCGCACACGCCGGUGCGUGUGGUGAGCGAUGACGGCCGGACAAUCUACGCUAACGUGGUCGCUGGUGCCGAUGGGAUCCGGAGUGCAACUCGCCGUAUUCUUGCUAGCUCUUCCAGCUUCAAAGCCGAGAAUACGAUUCGCUUCACAGGACGAGUCCACAUGUCUGGAUACACCCAACCAUUGGAGCAUUUGACCUCCGGCGAUCUGGGGAUGGGCCACUGGAUGUUGUAUGAUGACAGCAUCUUGACAACCUGGCCCUGCAAGGAGAAUCGACAGUGGUUCAUCGGGGUCAAGCGAGCUGAACUCACGCCAGGAGAGACCCCAGAUCGCUCGGUCUGGAAAGGAGCGACAGCCGAGACCGUCAAUGCAGUGUAUGGAGAGCGAUUCCACCCAUUUGGUCGUGAUUCAACCGUGAAGUCCAUCGUGAACGAGGCGGAGCGAGUGAUCGCGAGUAAUGUAUUUCAGGAGGUUGACUUCCCACACAUGGCAAAAGGGCGCAUUGCGUUGCUGGGAGAUGCGGCGCAUUCUAUGACCUCAUUCUUUGGUCAGGGAGCCUGUCAAGCGAUCGAAGAUGCAACCGUGCUCGCCGACUCGAUCGCUGACUUUCUUGGGGGCGACGCCUCCGCUCUGACGUCGUACUCUCGCCUUCGAGAGCGGCGCGCUCAAGACGUGGCCUCCUUCUCGGCACGCUAUGCCCAAUUACACACAGCGAAACUGCCGCUGGGCAUGGGGAAAAUGGUACGGUCGAUGAUCUAUCAAUGGGUGCCGAGUAGCGCGUGGAUGUGGUACCUAGGAUGGCUGUACGGACACCAGCCGGUGUCAAAGAGACUGGGACAAAUCCAACGGUCGGAUGGGGGAAACAAGAAGAAAAACUAG